AUGCCUUCCUACUACUCUCUACUCGUUAUAAUAAAUCUCGAACCUUUUGAGAAAAUUCUCCCAUAUACAACAGCUCAGAAAACAAUAUUUCUCGCCGUGGCUGGCGGCACCUUCGUUCUUCUCAUCGCGUUGGCAAUUCUAUCAGGCCUUUCCGAUACGAUCGCUCGAACCCGACAGAAGAGUAAACGAACACACGCCUAA